GAAGUUGCCGAUUCCGGGACUUGCGCGAGCCGUUCAGGCUCGACUCGCUGUGCCGUAUCUCUCAACAUUUCUUGAGAAAACCUUCCGAUCUAACAGCCAACAGAUAAAACAGAGUGAACCUACAGGUGCACGUUUUAACGGGUUGGGCCACCCUGCCUGCCGCCUCCCAUCAUGCCUUUGGUGACUCGAAAUAUAGAGCCACGGCACGUGAGCCGUCAGACCAUCCCUUCAAACAUCCGCAGCGAACUGGAAUGUGUGACCAACAUCAGCCUGGCCAACAUCAUCCGGCAGCUCGGCAGCCUCAGUAAAUAUGCAGAGGAUGUGUUUGGGGAGCUUUUUAUCCAGGCUGGAGCCUUUGCUACCAGAGUCAACACGCUGGGCGAAAGAGUUGAUCGCCUACAGGUUAAAGUCACCCAACUGGACCCCAAAGAAGAAGAGGUUUCUCUGCAGGCCAUCACUACCAGGAAAGCCUUCCGCAGCAGCCUGACCCAGGAUCAGCAGCUGUUCACCAGGCCGUCUCUGCCUGUCCCUGUACAGGAUACUUACACCACCUGUAAUCCUCCGCCACCCCUCAACCAGCUCAGCCAGUACAGGGAGGAUGGUAAAGAGGCUCUGAAGUUUUACACGGAUCCGUCCUACUUCUUUGACCUGUGGAAGGAGAAGAUGUUGCAGGACACCAAGGACAUCAUGAAGGAGAAGCGCAAGCACAGAAGAGAGAAGAAAGACAACGUGAACCCGAGGACGCUUCAUCCUCGGAAGAUCAAGACCAGGAAGGACGAAUGGGAGCGGCUGAAGAUGGGACAGGAGUUUGUCGUACCAAAGAAUGAAACAAAUUCCUCAGAGGAACGGCAUGGCAGCAUCGGAUCCGGGGAGGACUUCCACUCAGAUGUCCUUGAGCAAAGCACGGACUCUUACUGUGAGCCUGGCUCGCCUCUGCCUCCGCCUGGCCCUGACGACAUCCUGCCUCCUCCACCCCCAGACAUGGCGUUUAAUGAUGGAACAGCAGCUCAGCAGAGAAUCAGCAUGCUGAGUCCAACCCAUCCUCCUCCAGCCCCUCCUUCUAUGUCUCCCCCACCGAACUCCCGCCCAAACCUUUCCCCACCCCCUGCACCUCCUCCCCCGCCCCCACCCUCUGGUUUUGCUCCACCUCCUCCUCCUCCAACUGGCUUCAAUGGCAUUCCCUCCCCACCUCCACCCUCCUUUCCAUCUCCACCCGCUCCGCCUCCACCGCCCGAUAUGGGAAUGGCUCCUCCUCCACCGCCAAUCCCUACAGGUGGAGGACCUCCACCCCCGCCGCCGCCUCCUCCACCCCCCGGGCCUCCUCCUCCACCCUCUGACUACAGUGCUCCUCCACCUCUCUCGGCCCCUAGCUCUGCUCCAAAACCUCAGCCGGCUCCUGUCAGCGAUGGUCGCAGUGACCUGCUGCAGGCCAUCCGACAAGGUUUCAACCUGCGUAAGGUGGAGGCUCAGCGGGAGCAGGAGAAGAGUGAUCACUUUGGCAACGAUGUGGCCGCCAUCUUGUCGCGCCGUAUCGCCGUGGAGUGCAGCGACAGCGAGGACGACUCCUCAGAGUUCGACGACGAAGAGUGGUCUGAAUGAUGACUUCUCUUCUCAGCUUCACUACCACCAUCUUACCUUAUUAGCCUUGAUCAACAUCUGUAUUACAUUCUUCCAGUAUCAGUUUGUUUUUCUAAGCCACUCUGUGCAGGCACCAUGACGCUUUUAUAAUCACAUUCCUUUACCGGUUUAUUCCAAUUAUUCAAACUUUCCGAGGCCCUGUGUGGAGAACGAAAGUGUGACUGGUUGCUUGUACCCAGUUUGCCAAAGCCUUCUUAAAGCAACUCAUAGUGGUUGAUGUAACAGUAUUGUGUGACGUGAAACUCGUCUCCCUCCUGAUCCUCUGCAUAAACGAAUCACUUUUGAUUUUUAUUUUGUUACUCAGAAUUUCAUGCCUCGUUUCAUUCACUGUAUGACAAAACUAAUAGAACAGGUUUGCACAUACGCGCAUAACAUCCUCAAUUCACGGUUGCUGUGUGCCCUCCAAAGAGACAUGAAAUAUUGACUUUAAAGUAAUUUUAUGCCAGAGAUGUGUGUUUCUAUUCCAUCAUGAAGUCAAAUUAUUGCUGUAAUUUUAAAUCCCCUCUCAGGCACAUCUUUGCCAUUUUUUAUAUCCCAUCUUUCUAUAUUAAUUCCUUUUCUCUGUGGAACAAAUAACUGGUAAACAACCGGAUAAAUUAACUAACCAUAAAUGGUUGUAAGAUAUUGCCAUAUUGAACACAUGGAGAUAAAUAUGAGGUAUUUGUAUUGAAUUUUAUUUUUAUUAUGUUUUUUCCUGAGACUAUCUUUAUUUUUUUUUCUUGGGGGGGAUGAAUCAAACUCUGUUGCUAUAAUCGCUGAUCAAAUGAGGCAUUUGUUUGCCUCAUCCAGUGCCUUUCUACUGGCAGUUUAGUGUCUACGCUUUAAUUUUUUUUCAGCCUAUUUAAUAGCAGGUUUAACUGAUUAAUCAAAUUUAAAGUGCCUUUUAUGUAAAGUGCAUCAGUUCUGCUGCACAGUUGCACAGCAUGUCUUGCCAAAUUGAUGCUUUUCCUUCCAUAAGUUCCAAAUGAUUUGAUUCAAUAAAUAUUAUUUGAAUUUAAA